AUGCAGCGUCUUUGCGUCUUGUUAUUUGUCUUUGCUUGUGUAACUUUAAGCUCCGGUGUUGAUGGAAUUGGUGUGAAUUAUGGACUUCUGGGAAACAAUCUGCCACCACCAGCUCAGGUGAUCAAUCUAUUGAAAUCCAGAUACUUUCAAAAGACCCGAAUUUUCGAUCCGAACCCGGACGUGUUAAAAGCACUAGAAGGUUCGUGCAUUUCGUUAAUUCUUGGUGUUCGGAAUGAAGAUCUGCAACAACUUGCAAGUGAUUUAACUUUUGCCACGAAUUGGGUUAACACUAACGUUGUUCCACAUGUUUCAUUCGUAAAUUUUGCAUAUAUCUCCGCUGGUAAUGAAGUAAUACCCGGACAGUUAGCGACUUUUGUACUAGGAGCCAUGCAAAAUUUGGACAUGGCGCUCAAAGCGCACAACAUUAAUAUACCUGUAACGACAACAGUGUCACUACAGGUUUUAGGGACCUCGUAUCCCCCAUCGAAUGGCUCAUUCUCCGAGGAUUCUAUUCAAUUGCAACCAAUUGCGCAAUUUUUAGCUACAAAGCAAUAUCCGUUGCUGGCUGAUGUGUAUCCUUAUUUUGCGUAUGCUUCAAAUCCUGAUCAAAUUCAGUUAGACUAUGCACUUAUUAAAAAUACGGGUGUGAUUGUUGUUGACGGAGAUUUACGAUACAACAACUUGUUUGAUGCAAUGGUGGAUGCUCUGUAUGCUGCGUUGGAGAAAGUUGGACAACCUGGUUUAGAUGUUGUGGUUUCGGAAACAGGAUGGCCGAGUGGUGGCGAUGUUUAUGCAACUAUUGACAAUGCUCAAACCUAUGUUAACAAUUUGAUUGCACAUGUUGCAUCUGGGAAAGGGACUCCUAGGAAGCCUGGAAAAGUUGUGGAGACGUAUAUUUUUGCUCUCUUUAAUGAGAAUCAAAAGCCUGUUGGUACUGAACAAAAUUUUGGUUUAUUUUACCCUAAUAUGACUGAAGUUUACCACGUUAAUUUAACACCAAUGAAGAAUUAA